CUGAGGGCUGCAACUUCACUUCCCCAGAGAGACUGCCACUCUCAUUCCCCAGACUGCUGCUGAGCCCUGGGACCUGCCCAGUCCUACUGGGAUCCGGAUCCCUUUGGGAAUACUGCUGACACCGAGUGCUCCAUCGGACAUACCUGUUGGAAACAGGAAAAGACGUUGGAGGUCUUCUAAGGAGAGUCAUGGCACACGCUCUGGAGCCUCUAUCCCAGAUGCCCGUCAUCAAGUUCAAGGGCCAGGACUUUAAGACCCUGCGGGAUCGUUGCCUACACAGAGGCCUCCUGUUUGAGGAUGAGACCUUCCCUGCCGAGAUUUCUUCCAUAGGCCCGUUGCUGCUCCAGGGAAAACACCUCUCCAGCCUGCAGUGGGAGCGCCCAAAGGAUUUAUUGAUGGGUAAAGCAGAGCCUCAUUUCAUCCUGGAAGGUGUGAGCAGAUUUGACAUCCAGCAAGGGGAUGCAGGGGACUGCUGGUUCCUGGCAGCACUGGGCUCCUUGACACAGAACCCACAGCAUCUGCAGAAGAUCCUGAUGAACCAAAGCUUUUCCCACCAGUAUGCAGGGAUUUUCUGUUUCUGGUUCUGGCAGUGUGGCCAGUGGGUGGAAGUGGUGGUUGAUGAUCGCCUGCCUGUCCUGAACGGGAAGUACCUCUUUGUGCAUCCUCUCAACAACCAAGAGUUUUGGCCGUGCCUGCUGGAGAAAGCCUAUGCCAAGUUCCAUGGAUCCUAUCAGCACCUGCACUACGGCUACCUCCCCGAUGCCCUGGUCGACCUCACGGGAGGGGUGGUCACCAGCAUCGACCUGCACUCCUCCCCUUCUGACCUAGUGACGAUGGUAAAGACCGCUGCCAAGGCAGGCUCCCUGAUGACCUGUGCCACGCCAGCCGGGCCGACAGGGGAAGCCAGAAGAAUGGAGAGUGGCCUGGUGAGCCAGCAUGCCUACACCGUGACUGGGGCCGAGCAGAUUCAGUACCGGAGAAGCUGGGAAGACGUCCUCCGCCUGUGGAACCCCUGGGGCCGGGACGAAUGGCGAGGGCGCUGGAGUGACGGGUCUCCGGAGUGGCAGGAAACCCAGGACCCACGGAAAAGCCAGCUGUAUGAGAACAAGGAUGAUGGCGAGUUUUGGAUGUCGUGUCGAGAUUUCCAAGACAACUUCUCCUGCCUGUAUAUAUGUAACCAGUUUCCAGUCAGCCUUGACCUGGGACACAUGCCCCAUGAAAGAUGGUCCCAAAUGAUGUUUAAGAACCACAUGACUCCAGGGAACACCACAGAAGGACUUCAGAGGGACACACAGUACCUCUUCUCUGUGCCCGAGAGCGUGGAAGGCAACAAUGUCAUCGUGUCUUUCAACAUCAGGCCACAAAAUGUAAAGGCAGAAGAUGGGAAAUUUCCACUAAACUUCCAGGUGUACAAGGUCGACCCUCAGGUAUGGCUCACUACCGCCCUCACUGGGCUUCUCACGCCUCUGUUGCUGUCUGUCGGUCAAGUGUUACGGACUGACACCCAUGGACCAAGAGCCCUCACCAUGCCCCCACAUUCACACUUCUUGCUGCCAUUGAGCAAGUCAGUUCUGCAGGAUCAGGAGUCUGGGCAGGGCAACGAGGGCCCAUUUCAGCACUUCCGGGAGAGACUGCCGUCCACCUUUUUUUCCCGAUUCAGAAGUGCUGACCAGGGCAUCGUGACUAAAACCAAGUACAACCUCACGAAGUGCUUCACGCUGAGCCCGGGGACCUAUGUGGUGGCCGCGUCUGCGCGCACAGAAGCAGUUGAGUUCUUGCUUCGAAUCUUCCUGAAAAUGCCAGACCCGGACCGGAACCUGGGCAGCGGUUUCAACCUCAGAGCACUGCAGGCAAGUCUUCCAGAAAAUGGCUCCCAACAAAGCAUUUUCUACAAAUAUGCCCAGCAGGGACUAAGCAUUGAUGCCACCCAGCUUCAGAGACUUCUCAACCAGGAAUUCCUGAAAGGACCUCCAGAGGACACCUUCUCUCUGGAUGCGUGCCGGGGCAUCGUGGCGCUGAUGGAUCUGAAAGUGAACGGGCAGCUCGACGAGGAGGAGUUCUCCAGGCUGUGGAGUCGACUCGUCUGCUGCCAGAGCGUUUUCCAGAACACCCAGAGGAACACAGGCGUUUUCCUGAGCUCGGAUUUGUGGAGGGCCAUAAAGGAUACAGACUUCCUUGCAGGGGUCUCCGUCAGCAGCGAGCUGCUGGAUCUGGUGGCCCUCAGGUACAGCGACAGCGCCGGCAGGGUCAGCUUCCCCAGCCUGGUCUGCUUCCUGAUGCGGCUGGAAGCCAUGGCAAAGACUUUCCACAACCUCUCCAAGGAUGGAAAAGGACUCUACCUGACAGAAGUGGAGUGGAUGAACUUGGUCAUGUACAACUGAAGCAGGAGCAGAGCAGACCCCAGAGACCAGAGAACAGACCUACAGAUACAUAGUCUACAUCCCACCCUACUACAGCAGAAGCCCCUGCAGAGUCUGAUAGAAUAUUCCGGAACUGGGGAGCUCAAUAUUUUGUGCUUCCAUUGUUGGACACCUUCAAGUGUUAGGUGUUCUUUAUCUAGCGGCAACAAUCUACUUCCCUGGAACUUUCUAUCCAUGCUUCAAGCUCUACUCUCUGGACCACUCUAGAAAAAUAGAUUUGGACAUGCCAGACCUUCAAAUACUUUGCUGCCUACCCCAAAGCCUCUCUUCUUUCAUUAUCUCUGAUGGUUCUUAACUAGGACCUUUUGGUGACCAUUCUCUGUAUGCCAAUGUCCCUUUGGAGAGUCCAGUCCCCUAUGCAGCAGACAUGUAAUCAACACAUUCUGGGGUCCUAUUCUUUUUGUCAACAGCAUUUAUUUAAUCUCCCAAUCAUGUACCUUGAAAUUAAGGCACAGACAUGGUCUCUAUAAAGAAAUAAUAUUUUAGCAUAAACAUUUCCUGAUGAAUACCUGGUGCUUACUAAUGAACAGAAGUCAACAAACAUUGCAGAUAUUCAAGUUAAUUAGGUUCAACUAUAUUUUCCUGAAUUCCCCUUUCAAUCCUUUUUAAAAAUAGAACACUUGAUCAUUUCCAAUUUGCCUGAUUCCUAUCUCCAUCUGCAUGAUUUCCAAUAUCAGGAAUGAUUCUUCAAUUGUAUCUUUAAGCUAAUUUUGCAUGUAGGACCUAAAGCUUGAACUUUUGAAAUAACUGAACUCUCAAUUAUCCUUUCUCCCAUAAAGGGUCUCAACUCCCUCUGCACUAAUUUUCUCACACUUCCUGUUCCUUAAGAUUAUGUCAGAAGGAAGUAUGAUGUAAGUUGCAUGGUUAUGUGUGUUUCCGUCUCUUUCAGUAAUGCCUGUCAUCACCCUAAGAGUGCUCCCCCGACUUCCCUGUGAAUCACAGCCCUCUGCCAUCACAUUAAAGCAUAUCCACUCACUCUUGGCUCAUGGGUUGCUUCGCAGAAUUGGAGGCAGGCGGAUGAAUAAAUCCUGCCUCCAAAUCUACAAACCCACUUUUAUCUGUAAUCAUCUCCCACCUUCCUCCAUUAUGCUAGAGGGCAUGUUCCUCUGAGGAUGUCCUGGAUCUAAUUACCUUCCACCUUUUCAAGGGUUUGAUUGAAUGAAUGCUCUCCUCUGACUUCUGAAUACCAAACCUCUCUCUCUCUUUCUUCUGGAGCCUUCUAAUUCCAAUUUAAACAUGCUUCCCUCUUAAAUUUCCAGCCACAACUCCAUCGCUUUCCUCUCUUUACAGAAAAACACCCAUCCAGAGCCAACUGUCUCUACAUCCUUUCCUCCCACUUUCUCCUAAAGUUGCUUCAAUUCAGAUUUCUCAGACAUCAUCUCUCCUGGCCUUUUCCAUUGGCUCCCUAUCUGAUUUCUUAUGUCCACCCAUAUCCCUCAAAUCAGUUUCCUGCAGUCUGAGCACACUUUAAAAGAUUCAAAUCCAAUCACUGAACUCCCCAGGUAAAAAUCCUUCAGUGUUUUCCAAUUGAUAUUCAGGAAAUGUAUGGAAUCAUGAACAUGGUCUGCAUCGCCUGGCCCCUGCCCUCCCAUCUCACCACCCCUGUGUCUCUCUUCCUUCCUGCACUCUACUUCCACCGCCACAGCAUCAUUUUAUUUCCUUUCAUGUUUUAUUCUUUUCCCAGCCUCAGGGCCUUUGCCCUUACUGUCUGCUCAGCCCGGGGUUAGUUACCUAACUCCUAAGAGUUCAGGUCUUAGACUUAGCCCUAUUGGGUUCCCGUGUUAUUUACUCACAUAUCACACUUCCCCAAUCAUAACAUUCAAAACACGUUUUUAUUGUUGUUGCCAACUUUUUCUCUUUUUAGAGCUUUAUUAUGAUGCAACUCACACACCAUACAGUCUACCCAUUUAAGCUGUAGGGUUCGAUGCUUUUCAGUAUAGUCACAACACUGUGCAACCGUCACCACAAUGUAAUUUUAGAAUAUUUUUCAUCACCACAAAAAGAAACCCCAUGCCCAUUAACGGUCACUUCGUAAUUUUGCCUGGCACCUCUAGUGCUAGGCAACCUCUAUUCUAGUUUCUGUAUCUGUUUAUAAUUGGAAUCAUAUAAUAUGUGGUCCUUUGUGACUUCUUUCACUUAGCAUGGUAUUUUCACCGUUCAUCCACGUGAUAGAAUGUAUCAAGACAUCAUUUCUUUUUGGUGUCAAUAUUUUAUUUUUGUCAACAUACCAUAUGUUAUUCAUUCAUUCAUAAUUUGAUGGACGUUUAGGUUUUUUCUACUUCAUGGCUUAUUGUGGAUAAUCCUGCUGUGAAUGUUCGUAUACAAGUUUUUGCAUGGAUGUAUGUUUUUAUUUCGCUGGGGUGUAUGCCUAGGAGUGGAAUUUCUGGGUCAUAUGGUAACUCUAUAUGUAACCUGUUGAGGAACUGCCAAACUGUUUUCCAGAGCGGCUGCACCGUUUUCACAUCCCCACCAGCAGUGAAUGAGAGUGCAUUUCUCCACAUCCUCCACAGCACUUGCUGUUGUCCGUCUUUUUUACGAUGGCAUCCUAGAGGGUGUGAAGUGAUAUCUCAUGGUGGUUUUGAUUUGCAGGUCACUGGUGGCUCGUGAUAUUAAGUAUGUUUUUGGUGCUUAUUGGCCAUUAGUAUAACUUCUUUAAAGAAAUAUCUAUUUAAAUCAUUUGUCUGCUUUAAAAUUGGGUUAUUUGUCUUUUUGUGACUGGGUUGCAAGAUAUAUAGAGAGGGAUAGGCAAAAGUAAGUUUACAGUUGUGAAUAUACAAAAGUUUAUUCUUGUGUUAUGAUUAUUUGUUGUAUUAUAACUGUAAACAUAUUUUUGCCCAGCCCUGUAUUCUAGUACAAGUCCCUUGAUUGUGUUUGUGAUUGCAAAACUUUUCUCUCAUUCUUCAUGUUGUCUUUCAAGUUUUUUGGUGAUAUUGUUUACAGAACAUGAGUUUUUAAUUUGGAAAUGCAAAUUAUCUGUUUUUCCUCUUGUCACUUAUACUUUAGGUAUUGUAUCUAAGAAUUCAUUGCAGACCCCCAAGAUCAUGAAUAUUUACUUCUAUGUUUUACUCCCAACAUUUUUAUAGUUUAUCUCUUACAGUUAGAUCUUUGAUCCAUUUUGAUGUAACUUUGUAUAUGAUAUGAUUUGGUAUCCAACUUUAUUGUUUUACAUGUGUGUAUCCAGGUGUCUACUUUUGUUCAAAAAGACUACUCUUUGCCCCAUUGUAUUGUCUUAGCACCAAAAAUCAAUUGAUUUUUUCCAAAAAUCAAUUUAUCAUAAUGUAAAGAUUUAUUUCUGAACUUUAAAUUCUAUUCCAUUGUUCUACAUCUGUCCUUAUGCAAGUAGUACAAUGGGCUGGUCACUGUAGCUGUCUAGUAAGUUUUGAAAUCAGGAAGUGUGAGUCCUCCAACUUGGUUUUCCUUUUUCAAGAUUGUUUUGGUGAUUUGGGGUUCCUUGAAUAUAAUAUAAGUUUUAGGAUCAGCUUGCUAAAUUCUGCAGGUGGAAAAAAAGGCAGCUGGGGUUUUUAUAACAAUUGCAUAAAUCUGCAGAUCAAUUUGGGGAUAUCACCAUGUUUGCAAUAUACGAUAUACGGUUUUCUGAUCCAUGUAUGUGAGAUGUCUCUCUGUGGUUUUUUUUUUUUUUUAGAUCUUCCCUAAUUUCUUUCAAAAAAUUUUUGUUUAUAGUGUAGAAAUUCUGCACUUUCUUUGUUAAAUUUAUCCCUAAGUAUUGUAUUCUUUAUGAUGCUAUUACAAAUAAUUUUAGUUUCAG